AUGUUCCUAUUCAAGCUUCUAAUCGCCCUGUUGGGCUUCUCCGGCCUCUUUGGGUCUGCCACUGCUUGGGUGAACCCCAUUCGCAGCCCAACGGGAAGCGAUCCAUUCAUGGUAUACAGCGGCGGAUACUACUACUUGAUGACAACCACUUGGACUGAUGUCGAAGUCGCACGCUCGACUACUGUCGCGGGCCUGAAAACAGCAGCCAGAAAAGUCGUCUACUCUACCACAACAGCUUCGCGAUGCUGCAACGUCUGGGCUCCCGAGGUGCACUACCUCGGGGGGUUGUGGUACAUUUACUACACCGCUGGCGAAGGGGAUGACUUGGAUGGUCAAAGACUGCAUGUUCUUAAAGGUGGAGCAACACCCUACGACACCUUCACCUACGCCGCCCAACUCACCACCGAAUGGGCCAUCGACGCCUCGAUCCUCCGCUUCAACACCUAUGGAAACUAUCUCAUGUUCUCCUGCUUUCACGGCGUAACUUACCAAAGCAUCUGCCUGCAACAGCUCGGCUCCGACUACAUCUCUUUGACCGGUUCCAUCUCCGUCAUCUCCCAACCCACCGAGUCCUGGGAAAUCGUCAGCUACCCCGUCAACGAAGGCCCCGCGGCCCUCUACUUCGGCGGCAAAACUUACAUCAGCUACUCGGCCAGCUACUGCUGGAGUCCCAGUUACUGUCUUGGCCUUUUGACCUGGGACGGGUCCACGGCGCCGACGAGCGCGUCGGCUUGGACCAAGUCCAGCGGAUGCGUCUUGUCGAGCGCGAAUGGGAAUUAUGGCACGGGACAUAAUAGUUUCUUUCAGAGUCCGGAUGGGUCGCAGACUUGGAUUGCGUAUCAUGCUACGUCGAAUAGCGCGGGUGCUUGUGACGAUUCGAGGUAUACCAUGGUGCAGCUGAUGGGGACGCAUUCGGAUGGGAGUCCCAAUUUUGGGACGCCGGUGGCGUUGUCCCAUGUUUAUAGUGAGCCGAGUGGGGAAUGA